CAAGGUUUUAAAACUGUAGGUCGAGUGGUGCUCGUUGGGGCCAGGAUGGAAAAUAUCAGCGAUGAUGAACUGCGAUCAGCUUUGUCUAGAUAUUUAGAUGUUGUUCCACCAGUGACAGAAUCAACUCGAGCAACUUUGAUCGCUAAGCUGAAAAAGUGCAUAUCAAAUGGUUCUGAGAGUUUAUUAAAGGAUACUCCACAAAACGUCGUAGAUAAUCUUAUCAACGUAACAGAAGAUAGACCAAUACAGACUUUAAUUUCCGACAAUAAUCAUGAAUCACCGAAAUAUGAGACGACUGAGGUACUACAGAGACCCUUGUCUACUAAAGAACUAUCUGCAAGUUUUAUGAAUGGGUUACCAGUGCAAAACCAUUCAUCCCCCAUACUAGAAUGUGUUUCUCGACUUCCAAGUUAUCGUCGUCGAUCUAUACAUCCAGACCGACCAGGAAUAGAUGACCCCUACGCUGAUGAUUUGGCUUGGUUUCCAUCGUUAUCGUCAACAAAAUGUCGUGAACCGCCCAACAAACAAAAGAUGUUUCACAACACGAAAGGAAUCAUCAGGGAAAAUCUUAUAAAAUCUUUUUUGUAUGUCAUCAUUGGUUUGAUGUCUGUCAUUCUCGAUUGUUGCUUUUCCUCCCUCUCUAAAUUAACGAGUAAGUUGGUUGUCUUUUGUGUUUAGUUUUUGCACGUAUCUGUGGUCAACUAAGAUUAAACAGAAUCAACCUUACCUCCAGGUUUAUGUUUCGUUAUGGUAAAAAAAUUGUUUUUCUAACUUAGCCGGGAAAAUUUGGGCACUAGUGUGAUAGUGUCUCAAUUUGGGUGGAAAAACUUUGAAACGUCAGUCAGGCAAGACUUACAAGAUAAGUAAAAGUCAGAGUUAGGUUUCGACCACAAAUAGAUGUGUAACAAAAAUUGUGAAGGUUCAGAAAUGUUAGCGACUAAAUCUUUGUCAUUCUCAUUCUUUAAUGACCUUUAUUAAUUUUCAUAUAAAAAUGCUCUGACAAGCAUAUGUGUGACCAGAUUAUUCGAAAUGCAUAGCGCAAAUACAUCACAUUUUUCAGAUAAACUCCGUUUUCUCAUUGUUCUAUCGAAAUUCUUUAAUGAGUUUUAACUACGAAAUCUACAUUUAUUAUUGUACUUCAAAAAAAAUAGGCGAUAUUAUGGAAUAAUCCAAUUUCGCGGUGUGCUUGAUUCAAAUAUGCCCCAUAUCUUAAUUAUUUCUCAACGUUCGACGUCACAGGUGUAUGAUCAUAUUAAACAUCAAUCACCUGGGUUAGUUCCCAAUCUCAUCGACUUAAUUUAGCAGUUUGUCUCACUUAUUCAAACAACACUUCACCAUAGGCAAGUGUGCUCGGCACGUCCAUGUGACAGCUACGGUCAGGUUUUAUUUUGUUAAUUACUACGACUGAGAUUUUUUCGUUUUAAAUUCUGCAUCUUAACUAUUUACCAACAUAGAAUAAUACUGAAUCUUAGUGUUGAUUCGGUUGACAUGAUACUUCAACGAUUUUUACCAAAUGACAGUCGUACUCUGUUUGAAAAUAAGCAGCGUAGAAUCAGUGGUUUACGCAGGGUCAUCACCUAAUAAGGUGCUCUAUCGGUUUUGGAGGUUAAAUAUGAAUCUUGUACGGUGAUAAUUCAAAAAUAGUACAAUUGAGGCAAACCAACUUCUUCAAAUUAUUAAAAUAAUCUGCACGAUCUGGGUUUCCAAGUUGUCGCGUCAAACUAGCUGUCUACGAAUCCAUGCAUCGGCAGUAUGACUUGGUUUAUAUAGUUAUUUGAGCUCCCAAGCAAAGUAAGCCGUAGGUCUUCCUGCUCUGUGGUUUUUGAAUAAACACAAGGAACGCUGUUUUUCUUGAAUAUCCUUAUAACAAGUAUGAAUUCCCACGAUAAGUUGUACGCUAAAACUGGGUUUAUAUGUUUGACUGAGUGUACACCAUGUAUCUCACUCCAAGACAUUUAAACGUCAAGGAAUCGGUAACUACUUGUAGUAUGUGCCCACGAAUAAUGUUUACCAUAUAAUGACUUGUAGACGUUUACUUUAUAGGUAAAUUAUCAAUUUGCAAAUAAGAUCUAUAAUUUAUUUGCAAUUAUUCAAUUGAAUUGAUGUAUUACAAACUAACCACUUUUUUAAUUAUUUUUCCAGAUGUCGUAUCCACUUGUAUACCAUCUUUACGGAUCUGUCUUUGUGUCAUUUUAUUUGGACUGCUUUUAUGUGGAUCGUAUAAGCUUCUACUCGGGGAUCCAUUUUAUCAUAAUCCCGUGGAAGAUCUAUAUAACAUCAUACAGUUUCCUUUUGUUAAGUAGGCAUUGUUUAUUUUAUACUGGGAUGGCUUUGUAGUCCCGGUUCAACAUAUUUUAGUGUAUUUUUUAAAAUAGUUUUUUUAACCGUUUUGUACCAUACUGUUUACUUUUGUAUAUGUACUCAGUGUAAUAAAAUAUGAAUGUUCUGGUGU